GAGGGGCGGGCGCGUAACGACUCCUCUUCCUCUGCCUCUUUGGAGCGAGCGAGGACCGUGCGCGUGGAGCUCUGCCGCUGUCGUCAUGAGCCGCUUCAAAUUCAUUGAUAUUGGUGUUAACUUAACCGAUCCCAUGUUCAGAGGUAUAUACAGGGGUACCCAAAAACAUAAAGAUGAUUUCUUGGAUGUAAUAGACAGAGCAGUCAAAAUUGGGGUUCAAAAGCUCAUCAUCACAGGUGGAAGUUUGCAAGACAGUAAAGGCGCCUGGCAGCUGGCCCAAACAAAUGAAAUGUUUUACAGUACUGUCGGCUGCCAUCCCACGCGCUGUGGAGAAUUCGAUCAGGGCAAUCCUGACCGGUACUUAGAGGAGUUGCAAGAUUUAGCUGAGAAGAACAAAGGGAAAGUUGUCGCAGUUGGGGAGUGUGGCUUGGACUUUGACAGAUUAGAAUUCUGCCCCAAAGACACCCAGCUCAAGUAUUUUGAAAAACAGUUUGAUCUAGCUGAGCAAACCAAAUUGCCAAUGUUUUUGCACUGUAGGAAUUCGCACCCAGAAUUCAUAGAUAUUAUGAGACGAAAUAGAGAGAGGUGUAUGGGAGGAGUGGUUCACUCUUUUGAUGGCACCAAAGAAGAAGCAGCAGCUCUAAUAGAUCUUGAUCUUUAUAUAGGGGUUAAUGGUUGUUCUCUGAAAACUGAAGCCAACCUAGACACGGUGAAGUCAAUUCCCAGUGAAAGGUUAAUGAUAGAGACAGAUGCUCCCUGGUGUGGAGUGAAAAACACCCACGCGGGCUCAGAAUUUGUAAAAACCACAUUUCCAACCAAAAAGAAAUGGGAAGUAGGACACUGCCUGAAGGAGAGAAAUGAACUUUGCCAUAUAAUCCAGAUACUGGAAAUACUAGCAGCAGUUCGUGAAGAGGAGCCAUUAGAACUGGCCAAUAUUAUGUAUAACAACACUAUUAAAAUUUUCUUUCCAGAUAUGUAAAUCCAGUUAAUUCUGUUCAUAAAAUAAAAUAAUCUUAAAUAAUCUAAUUCCCUAAUUCUGAAAUCAUUAUUUAAAAGUAUGUUUGCCAUACAGAAUGGUUUGGUUAAAAAUGUGUGUGUGGAAAUCCUCCCUUUUAUUGUGAAUUUUCUGGCAUUUUAGUAAUGUUUUUCUUUCCCUGUAAUUCAGAUAAUUUUACUGUGUAACCGCACAGUAACCAGAUUUCUGCUCAAAAAAAUUAUCAUAGUGUUCCAUAAAUAAAUGUAUUUCCUUCAUUCCCCAAGUUUGUUUUCCUCUAUAAACAAAAUACUAGAAGGAAUGGUAUCUUUUAUGGAAACCUAAACUUUUCAUUUUUAGCUAUCAAGCUGGGAAUGAUGUUGUGUUAUGAUUUCAAACAGUAUUUUUUUAACUUUUGUCCAGGACUGAAAUGAAGAGGGAUUGAAACGUCCCUC